UGAAGUGCAUGCUUACCUGCCUUUCGUGGGCAAAGUUAACGUGAAAUAUAAAAGAUGGGUGGAGUUUAGCUCCACCGUGAAGCUUUCGCGAGAAUUUCCCACUUUACGGUCGCAGGUUUGUGCAGGAACCCGGUGGAAGAGACUUGGACCAUAACACGCAGCCCAUACACGCAGGACACAAACUACGCUUGGCGUCUAUUGUUUUCUCCCCAGGGCAUUCCUGGAUUGUUGAAGAACAAUGCCAACAAAGCCAAGCUUAUCUCACGGGUAAGUUGUCCGUAUCUGAUCUCUGAAACGUUGGACAGCAACAUUUCAAUUACAGGUUAUUUCACAGUUUCCCUUGAAUAAUGGAGUCUACUGACGAGACGACAGAAAAUGUUGACAUCAAAAUAACGAUCACUCGUGCAACUAACAUGCAUGGAAAAAAGGCAGGAAAUGUCCUAAGUUUUCUUCGGAUGGAUCUCAAUGGUGGGAUGUUGGGAGAGUCUGAAAAGCGUACAGUUGAUCCUGUGGCAGAGUACAUUGAGUAUGACUUCACCUGCACAUUUCCCUGCUGCAAUGAAGUUCUGUCUCUCAGUGACAUCCCGCAUAAGCCAGUCAUAGUGACAUUGACAGAGGUUGUUCCUGAGAAGAAAAAAGUGGAGGCAAAAUCAAUAGUCCUGGGCCAAGCAGUGAUUGACCUGCUACCUUUGCUGCAAGGUGAGUGCAGCUUCUCAUCCACAGUCGUGCUGCAUGCUACGCACGCUGCCCCAGAAAAGGGCUCCACCCCGGCCCCCAUUACCAAGCACCCGACUUUGGACGUAUGUGUCAGUGCAUCAGCUCCAUUACUGACUGAAGAACAGCUUUCAACUUCCAACCUGAUGAAGGUGUCUUUGGAGACGGCCUAUUCUCUCCCUGACACAUUUAAUCAGAGUUUUGGGCCAACAGCUCCUCAAUACAUAUGCACUGCUGUAAUGGAGGUUCCAUGUACUGCAGAGAAAGACCAGCUAUUGUUGUUUAGUGAAGGACAGCUGAAGGCAGGGGGGCACAGGGAAGACAACGGCAGACAGAGGAAGAGGGCACAUCAUGCCCACCUGGCCCCAGGAAACCACUUCCUGCCAGGACCAUUUUUCCACACCCAACCCAUUGAUCAAGAAGAUGGCGAGCUUACUAGUUUAGAGGACCGCGAGUUCCGUAAUGAAGCAGAGACCUUGUUGAACAGAGUGAGCUGGGACACAGAAAUGCCCUGUUUUCUCGACGCAGAAGGAGUUACCAGGCUGCGUCAGAAGAUCACUGAGAGCAGAUUCUGGCCACUUGAGAUCAUGAAGUCGACUAUUGCCAAUGAAAAGUCGGGAGCAACUUCCAAGCUGCAAGCAGACGAGGACCCACAUAUCCCCUGCCACGGUGUGGCCUUUAUUGAUAUGGGUCGUUUACUCUAUCCUGGAGUUACCCAUAUCCGAGGAGCAUACACCAUUCAACCUUACUCAAGCACUUUAUUACUUAACAAGACCAGACGAAAUAUCAGUUUGCUAAAAGAGCAGUUAAAACCUGGAGCCAGCAAAGACCGUUCUGGUACAGCUACAUGCUCUGCAAAGACAAAUACGGGAAAGGCCAAGGAUACCAAGGGGCAUGUUAAGGGGACUGGAAAUCAGAGUAUAUCAAGCGUGACUGAUUUGAACGGAUCAGAUCCCAUCCCUCCAGACAGAAAAGCAUAUAUGGACUUCAGGACAUACAUUAUAAUUGAAAUUACACUGACAAAUCCACUAAUACCCAAAACAUCUUCAGAAGAGUUGGCAAGAAGGGUGAAGGCACUGAUCCCUCCGAGGCCUCUAUCAUCUGGAGGACCUAAUAAAGCUGAAAGAGCAGUACUGAAUUUCCAUAAGCAGGUGGGCAACGUCGUGAAGCAUAUUUUGGAGCAGUAUGAGGAGUUGUUUGGAACAAGACUCAAACUGCCCAACGACUGCAAUCAGGAGCUAAUGAUGGCUCAGCUCAUGGGAGCUCUCAAUGUGUCCGGCAGAUAUUUUGCAUUCAAAGAGCAAAUAAAGCCCACUGUGGUGAAGUUCGUGCGUGACAAGAUGCAACAGACCGACACGUUUACUGAGCAACAGGAUCUCCACGAAUUUGUCAGCAAGCUCUAUGUGGACCUGGUGGAUGAGAUGCAUGUUGCUCUCAACAAAAUUUAUUCAAAUGGAAUGGAAGACGACUCUCCUGAUGAGAUCCAUUUGAGUACCUCUCAUCUUAAACAUUUUGCCCGAGAGGCUCAGCUCAUUGGAGAUUAUCAUGUGGCUGUUCAGUACUACCAAGAGCUGGUUGUCAGGCAUCCCCGUGAUCCAUCUCACAAAUUUGAGUGGGGAAACCUCUACAUGCAGACUGGAGAUUAUAUGAAGGCUAAAAUGUGUUUCCAUGACGCUGUUGCCGUCCAGCAGUCCCACCAGCCCAGUCUGAUGAUGUGUGGUGUGCUGGCAGCCAUGUUUAAUGAUUUUGAGCAGGCCGAGACUUUCUUGGAGCGAGCUACUAGCAUAGAGCCUCCAAGUUUGGUGGCCUGGACGUUGCUGGGUUUGGUCCAGGACAGUCAGAACAAAUCCAUUCUAGCUGAGAGGGCUUUCCUGGAAGCCAAAAGCCUUCUGAAAGCAAAGGAAGCAAGCAAUCAGACACACAAGGCCGAAGAGUCAGAUGUGGAUGAGGAAAACGAGAAGCAAAAGGGCCAGGAAGAAGAAAAGACCAUUCCACCUACAAGCCACUCUCCUAACAUGAAGCAGAGUGACACUGAGACUGGUGAUACCGUGCAUAGCGACCCAAAAGAAAAAGUCAUCUCCAAAUCCAUUUACACCGAGACCCUUGAGUUUCUGUUGCACAACUAUGCCCUGGAGAUGGCAGAGCACGCUCUUUCCAUGGAACUAUCUUCAAAGGGAAAUCACAGUUUUCAUCUGGCUUGUGUGCAGUUGCUCAGAGCUGAGUAUUGCAGUGCUAUUGCCACCCUCAGGGAGGCGCUACUUCGGGUAGAGCCGGUUGCAGACAUGUGGGCUCUGGAUGGUCACUGUCACUACUUGUGCGGCUCAUUCGCUGAGGCCCAGGGGAGUUAUGAACGGAGCCUAGAUUUCCCAGAGCAGCCAUCAGACACUCACCUUGUGCUUCUCCGCCUGGGAUCCAUCUAUCUACAGGAGGAGAAGGUUAGAUAUGACAUAUACACAGAGUUUGAGCAAGCUAAAGUGACUUACCUGCAAGCAUGUGAAAAAUCACCCUCCUGCCUCACCUGGUUGGGCCUGGGUAUCUCCUGUUACCGGCUGGAGGAGCUUUGGAUAGCUGAAGAAGCAUUGACGGAGGCCAACCAUUUGAACAACCAGAACGCUGAGGUGUGGGCCUACUUGGUGCUGAUUUGCCUCAGGUUUGACAGGCAAGAGGAAGCAAAGCUGUUUUACAAGUACGCUAUCAGGUUCAACCUGGAGAACACAUCGCUUCACAAGGAGGUGAAAGAGCUGCAGGAUCAGGCCCAAACCCGUCCUCUGACAUCAUGCUUCGAACCACACUCUUGAAACAGUGGUUUCAAUGUUGGGAGCAAACACAAAACACAAUGUCUAUAAUAAGGCAUUUAAAAUGUUUUCUACUGCAGUGAAAUGUUUUUCUAAAAAUGUGUAGUUUAUCUGAAUAGAAUAAUCUGCAGUAGUUUUAGGUCUUAUUUCACUGUAUUGAAGUAACUGACUGUGGUGUUUCGAGAAAUUUAAAAUGAAUUAGUACAUUUAAUUGGGCUGGAUCUAAAUAGUAUGAGCUGGUUCCAUUUACUGGCUACACUCUUCUCAUGGAACUCAACAGGGAUGCUUGAACUGUUCUCCAUGAGAAUAGACAAUUGGGGGAUAGACGUCAAGACCUCUGACAAAUACUGUAACUUUUGCAAACAACACAAAUAUAGUAUGCUGUCAGGAUAAUUUAGUAAGAUAAAAUAAAGCAUAAUCAGUUGAGAGCUGACAAAAACAUUGUCAAUUAUCCAGAAAUAAUAAGACGAAUGGCAAAUUAUAGCAGAUUUAGUUCUGCAUGUGUACAUAUGCUGCUACUGUAUGUUUAUGGAGUGUUGAGUCAGGACUUACAAUUAUUUUGGAGUGCAUCACUGUGUGAAUUCACACAUGAGCAUAGAGGUUAAAAAGGGACUGUGACACUCAUGGCACUGGAAAACAAUCUGGUUUGAAGCUAAACAUUGUGAGAAAACCGUUUCAACGCAGUUGAGUGUUCAAUAAGUGGUCACAGUUGAAUUGUUUAAUACCUUAACACAAACACACAGCAACAUUCAUAGUCUGAAGUGUAUAUAGAUCAGUGGAAAUACAUGGUCGUUAAAAGAUGCAGCAUAAAAAAAUGUGGUGACUAUAAUAAACUUUAAAUAAAUCUCUGUUCAUAAGUCUCAACAUGACACUCAAACUUUAAAACAACUUAAGAUAUACACAUUUUGGCACAUAGGAAUUACAUUUUUCACUACCGUGAUUCCUGUGUGAUCCGUUUCAGUCUACGGAUAAGUAUGGUGACAUAAAUUAGGUCAAUGUAUUUAUUAUUCUUGGAAAAAUAAAAACAAGCAGCUUUUGAGAAUGAAUGCAAAAAGCACAUGUGAAA